UUUUUUUGAUUUUCUGCAUUGAUCGUGGCUUUUUGUCUUACUCUUAUGCUUACUAGAUGUGGCAACCUUGCUCGUUGUCUUUUACUUCAUUUCUUCGUUUAAUUUUAUUGCAUCAUUUUCCAAAGAUUUUAUUCAUUCUCUUUCUAUCUUUAAAUCAUUUUCCAGAGUUCUUAUUCGUUCUUCAGCUAUCCUUUUUAAUUCUUUGCAUUCCGUUAAUCUAUCUACAUUUUCUUGUAUUAUCUCAUUUUUUUCCAUAAUUGUGUCCUCCGCUUUUUCAGAGCGUCCAAAAGGCAGCUUUUUCUUUUUCUCCUCCAAGUUUCAUUGUAAAGACAGCAACUUUUACCAAGGUAUCAUAGUCAGUUACCCCUGUUAGUCCUAUUAUACGUCUUUCUGAGAGAACUGCCUUAUGUAUCUGAAAACCCAGGUCUUCUUCCAAAUGUGUUUUUUCGUAUUCUGCUAAGUCUAAUUUUUCAAUUUUCCUCAAAGCUAGAUAAAAAUCUUUUGUGUAUUCUACCUCAAAACCUGCAAAGCCUCUAUAAA